GAAGCGGAAUCGAGUUACAUGUAGUGACCAUCGAUUUUCAAAGAAGUGGUUGCCUUCUAGUUAAUAUGUAUAAUAGCAUGUCCAUGGAAGCUGCGAUCAUCAAAAUCAAAACGAAUCAUGGUAAUCCUAUGCGUACUAUGCUCGCUCUUCGACAAAAUCAAGGUGGCGAGUCGUGCUAGUGGCACCAGAAUAAAUAGAAGAUUCUGAUUCUGAAUAGACGUACUACAAGAUGCAGCAAAAUAAUUCCAUGGCCUUCGCGAAGCAGGUGGAAAUGCCACCUGAUUUUCCUGAGGUUCUGAAGGAGUUCACCAGAGAAAUCCUCCGACACCAACCAGAAAGCAUAUUUGACUUUGGGGUCAAAUACUUUGUUAUGGUCUUUGGGGAAUCAAAAAUCCCUAGCCCUACUAGGUAUACUAUAAUAUAAUCUCUCGAAUUUGAAGAUGUGACAGUGGGGGAUAGAAGAUGAUAUAAUUGCUCAUGAUCGGAUCCGGAAUCGCUAACGCUAAAUGUAAGGGGUCUACUGUGACCUGAUAUUGUCCACCUGGUACAAUAAUAUGGUGUCUAUCAUAUGAUGAUGCUGAGUUUUCUUCUAACGCAAAACAAAAAGUGAAUCACAUGGACGCGGCAGCUGGCGGCUCAGCAUCUGAAGACGAGUUAUCACUAGAGCAGAUGGAAGAAACAAUACAAUGUACUACUUGAUGAAGAUCUAGAAUUGUCACGACUAGAGCAGAUGGAAGAAGCAAUACAAUGUACUAUUUGAAUGAUGAAGAUCUAGAAUUGUCACGACUAGAGCAGAUGGAAGUAGAAACAUCAAUAGUACAAUGAACUACUACUUGCUCUACAACAUGGUUGUCGUAUCACACCAGCUUUGUCCUAGGAGGAGGUUUGUUCUUGCUCCACCUAUUCAACAUUCAUUUUGCUAGGACUAGAAGGCCCGUUGCUAUGUAUGGUAUCUAUUCAUUCCUCUAGCUCUAGGACUACGUCCCCCUUAGUUAGUAAUAAAUAGACCUUCAGUUAUUUUCAGACCACUUGAAUAGAAUUAGGACUUUUCUCCACCAACCUGAAAUGAGCAGUUGUAACAACUACUCUCUCUCAUGAAUGAUAUGAGAAGUAGAAACACAUCUCACUUCAUCACUCAUAAACAGCGUUGUUCCAUCACUACGAUGA